AUGGUUGUCAAUUGCACUCGAAUCUCGAGAGCUAUGUUCAACGUGUCAUCGUUAGCGACUUCAUCAACGACUUCAUCUUCAUCAACAUCAGCUGCAACACAAUCUGGAACAAGUUCAAUUGUUGUUCCAUCUUCUUCACAAACAUCUUCAACUUCUGGAUUGACUGUUGCUCCGUCAAGUGAUUCUAUUCAUAACAACAAGUAAGUGUAUCUUUUUUCAUCUAAACAAUACUUGAAGUCAAGAUGAGCCACUCAUCUAAUAUUCGAUUACAACUUCUUCACUUUUUUUGUGUCGACUGUGUUCAGAGACACUCUUUCAUUCAGUCUGCCAAACUCUUCAACAAUGCCAUUCUUUGUUUUUAUUUUUACCAUUUCACAGUUUUCUCGAACUUGGUUUUUUCUACAUCGUUUUCCAAAAAUUUCAACAUUAUCUUUUCAAAUUCAAAAAAAAAAAAAAAGAAUUAUAGAUAUUUUGAUCGAUUACCAUUUGAAUCUUGAAUCCUCUGAUUUUGUAUUCCAGAAUCUUUAGAUUUUUUUCAAAUUUUUAAUGAAUAAUUUCAUCAGUAUUAUGAAAUUAAAUUCGAAAAUAUUCAAGCUUAAUUUGCAAAAAAUUUAAAAAUAAAUUAAUUAAAAGAAUUCUUGGGGGAAUUUCUAAUUAAUAAUAAAAACAAUUGACGAAAAGCUUAACAAAUUCAAGGAAUUCUGAAAAUAAAUUUCAAAAUAGUUCAAUCUUAUUAAAGUUCUGAAUCAAGAUUUUUCAAAAUGUAUUUUUUCAACUUCAAUUAUGAAAUUAUGAAAUUUGGAACUUUCUUACUUUUUGAAAUAUUUCAAAACAAAAUGAAUGUUUAAAAUUAUUUUAAAAAUGUUCAUUUUUGGUCACGUUUCAAAUAACCUUAUAUUUUUUCUUUAUUUUAUUUCAACAUUUUCUAUUUGCAGACUCGAUCCACCAAAAUGGGACCCUUUAUCAUCAGAUACAACAAAUCUUCAAUGUGCCACAACCUGGACUGAUCAUUUACCUCUAUUAGCAGGUACAGUACUUUUUUGACACAUUUGAAUUUUGCUAGUAAUAUAUCCGUAGAUCGAAAGAAUAAAGAUGAGAAACACAUAUCGAAUUACCCGAAAAAAGAAAGUAAAUGGAUACUGUACACGUUUCACUCGUUUUUGUUUGGAAAGAAAAUAGGAAUAAAAAUAUAAUAUAAAUAAAUAAAUAAAUAUGUAAAUGUAGAUAGACAGUAACGCGAUUUUGAAAUUCUAUAUUGUUUCAGGAUAUUCAACAAAUCCUUCAUUUCCUUUUGAUCAAUGUACUUAUGGCUAUGAUCCAUCAACUGCAUAUUUUACAUCUGGAGGAAUUGCAGGACCAAUGUAUAGUUUACCACCAGCAGAUCCAUUUCAAAGAUCAGAAAAUGAUAUGUUGAAUGAUGGAACACAAAAUAAUGAUAAAGAUGAUAAAAAUGAGUGAGUUCAAAUAUUCUAAACCUUCAAGAAAAAAAAGAAAGUUUUUUUUUAGUUCAAAAGCUGAUGAUGAGGAUGAAAUAAUUGACGAUGAAGAAGUUGAAGAUGAAGAUGAUGGAAAUGGAGGAAAAAGAAAGAAAAGGAAGCGACGAGUUCUAUUUACUAAAGGCCAAACUUUUGAACUUGAACGUCGAUUUAGAAUUCAGAAAUAUUUGAGUGCUCCGGAAAGAGAACAACUGGCUAAUCAAAUUCGAUUGACACCAACACAAGUUAAAAUUUGGUUUCAAAAUCAUCGGUGAGAAUUUUGCAAAUUUUGUAAAUAUUUUGACAAAUUUCAUAAAGUGAGUACAUGGUUUUUAAAACCACAUUCCUGAUGCAUCGUUACAGUUUUCAAGCCGAUCUUACAUAGCUAUUGUUUAAAAAAAAAUUAUCGAUAAAUCUUAACGGCAAAUUGUUAAACUUGUAAUAAAUAACACAAAAAUCACAGAUUUUUUGUAGAGCCUUAUCCGAACUUCCCCCAAAGUCUUAACGAGAAAGAAAAUUCCAGAAAAUAAUUCGAUUAUUCAAUGAAUUUCAAAUGUUAUUUUUUCUUUUUUCAGCUACAAGACGAAAAAGUGUCAUCAAGACAAACCAAUUAACACACAAAUUCUGACGUCGAUGCCAAAUGGAUUUUCAACUCAAAAUGCAUCAACAACUUUUCCGACUAGAACGUGAGUUUCAGAGAUCGAAUAGUUGAGAAAAUUUUUAGGAUUCCUCCUGUCUUCUUUGAAAUUCCUUAAAUCAAAAAUUUGAUUUUCAGUAUGCCUCUUCAAAUGUUAGUCCGUAGUGGUGAUUCUUCAAAACCAUGUCAAUCGGAUCUUUCAUCAACAACAUCUCCAUAUCAAGCAGCUGCAGCUGUUGCUUUUGGAAGUGCUCCAAAUGGAUAUCUCUCAACACCUUCAGCUUAUCUUUCUGGUUCAACUUCUGGAUAUUUCUCUAAUACUCCACAAAAUCCAUCAUAUAUGACAAAUCAAUGGUGGCAAAGUUAA